AUGGAAAUAGUUUCAAUCUUCGAAAUGUUACCAGAUGAAAUGAUAUUACAUGUAUGUCAGUAUCUUCGUUGUGCCGAAAUUCUUUAUUCAUUAUUCAACCUUAAUUCUCGUCUUAAUUCUACAAUAACCGAUUACUGGCAUUAUGUGGAUCUCAAAUAUGCUACAUAUAAACAGUUUGACUUUGUUGCAACGCAGAUCGUUCCCCAAAUUGGUCUAUCAAUACGAUCGUUUGUAUUCAAUGGACAAUGGGAAAAUAUUAUGUCCAACAAACUAAAUUCAACAUUUUAUCAUUUGAAAUUAUCUUUAAUGUUUCCACAAUUGCAUACAUUGUCACUUGUAAAUUUCAUUGAUGGACAACUACAUUUAUUUCUUGAUAAAAUCACAGAUCUUUUACAACUUGUCAAGCUGGAUAUUCGAAAUCUUAAAGAUGGUCAUGCAGAAGAAUCAUUGACAAAAGUUCUAGCUGCUAACAAUAAUCGACUGAAAUUCGUAUUAUUCGACUAUGAUUCAGUCGAUUUUAAUCUGAGUGCGACUAAAAAUGACAAAACUAUGGCUUAUCCAAACAUUGAAGACUUGUUAGUGAACUUGAAAACAAAUAAAAUGUUAGAAUAUCUAUUUGCACUUGUACCAAAUAUUAAGCGUUUACAUAUUGAUUUUGACAAACUAUCAUCUACUUCAAAAUCGAAAUUAGCAAAUACAUCAAUUCUUGUUCAUCUAAAAGAUUUUCAAUUACGUUCGCUAAAGGUACUCUGGUCAUUAGAUGAAAUUGCUUAUAUUUUAAGUAAGAUGCCAUCUUUGCAGCGAUUAGCAUUGAAUCUAUGUACAAGAGAUGCACAUCUUGUUGAUGGACAGAAUUUCAUUCAAAUUCUACCUUUAUCACUUGUCGAGAUCAAUUUGUUCAUUAUUUGUUAUUUAAUUUGUUCGGACAUCGAAGUAGAUACUUUAAUUUCUACAUGGCCAACUCAUAUUCGAAUAACAUGUUUGCUAGAUGAACCGAGUGGAUAUGCAGUAAUUCAUACAAUUCCUUGUGACUUCCUUUCACUUGUCAUUCCAGCAAAAAUAGCUAAUUCUAUGUUGACGGGUUCAAAUUACACACGAAGGGUUAAAGAUUUAACAAUUUUUGGCGAGCAAUCAUCAAUUGAUAUACGUUUGAUAGUGCAACAUUUUCAUCGGCUUCGAACGCUCACCAUUGGCUUAAACAACAAAUCAGAAAUAGGUAUGUAG